AUGGAGAAGGUGGCAUUUACUAUUUAUUCAGACCUUGAGUGCAUCUUGGAAAAAUGUGAUAAAGUCAAUCUUCCAAAUGCUAACACAACAUUUUACCAAAAGCAUACUCCCUUUAGUAUUGCCUUUUACCUUAAGUGUUCGUAUGAUGAGUCGCUUUCGAAAUUGUUUUCAUACAGAGGACCUGAUUGUAUUCAAUGGUUUAUUAAACGAUUGCGCGAGAUUGCCGAUUGGGCAAAUGAAAUUGUGAAUACUAUUGUUCCCAUGGAAGUUCUUAGUCCUCAUCAGAUGCAAAACUAUUUGAACGCUAUAGUGUGUCACAUUUGCGAGAAACCUUUUACCGAAGAUCAAAUUAAAGUACGCGAUCACCAUCAUAUGACGGGGCGGUACAGAGGGGCGGCUCACCAGGCAUGUAAUUUGAACUUUAACCACUCCCAUGUUAUACCAGUCGUUUUCCAUAACUUAAGCGGAUACGAUGCCCAUUUUUUUAUUCGAGAACUCGCUAUCGGCUUUCCUGGCGGAAUUAAACUCUUACCUUUAAACAAAGAAAAAUAUAUUUCUUUCACGAAGCAUGUGCAGAACACUAACAUAGAUUUUCGAUUUAUCGAUUCCUUUAGAUUUAUGAGCAGUAGUAUAGAUAAGCUAUCUUCGUAUUUAGAUAAUGAGCAGAAAACUAUUACUAGAGCGCAUUGUCGUAAUGCAAAUGAAUUCCAUUUGUUAACUCGAAAGGGAGUGUUUCCAUAUGAUUACGUUGAUUCGUGGGAGAAAUUAAAUGAGACAGUGUUACCAACUCGAGAUGCAUUUUUUAGUCAAUUAAAAAAUGAAGCUGUGAGCGAAGCGGACUAUGAACAUGCGAAUCACAUUUGGAACGCGUUCGAAAUUAAAACCUUAGGUCAAUAUUCUGAUCUCUAUUUGAUGACGGACGUUCUCCUUUUGGCGGAUAUCUUUGAAAAUUUUAGGGAGACUUGUUUGCGUACCUAUCGCUUAGAUCCGUUACAUUAUUACACCGCCCCGGGUUUGGCAUUUGACGCAAUGCUUAAAGUCACCGACGUUAAAUUAGAACUUUUAAGUGACAUUGAUCAAAUGAUGUUUAUUGAAAGUGGUAUAAGAGGAGGUGUAGCACAAUGUUCAAUGAGAUACGCGAAGGCCAAUAACCCGUACAUGAAAGAAAAAUAUAAUCCUAACCUGGAGACGACCUAUUUAAUGUAUUAUGAUAUUAAUAACCUUUAUGGUGCCUCAAUGUGUGAAUUCUUGCCUUGCAGCGAUUUUUCCUUUGUAGAUGACAUUCAAAAUUUAGAUAUUCUAAACCAUCCUGAUGAUUCAGACGUUGGUUAUAUUGUAGACUGUGAUUUAGAGUAUCCUUUGGAAUGCCACAGAUUACAUUCUGAUUUACCUUUGGCCCCAGAGCAUCUAGUGCCAAAUAACUCAAAAUUAAAGAAACUAAUGCUUACCUUGUACCCAAAGCACAACUACGUAGUUCAUUAUAGAAAUUUAAAGAUGUACGUACAACAUGGGUUAAAGUUGAUAAAAAUAAAUAGAGUAUUACAGUUUAAGCAAUCACCGUGGCUGAAAAAGUAUAUUGAAUUAAACACUCGCAUGAGGCAACAAGCGAAAAAUAUGUUUGAAAUAGAAUUUUACAAAUUAAUGAUUAAUUGCGUCUAUGGUAAACUUAUGGAGAACGUGCGAAAAUACAAAGAUGUGAAACUAUUAACCAAAUGGGAGGGAAGGUAUGGAGCCCGUGCGUAUAUAGCGAAGCCAAACUUUAGCAGUUGUACCAUUUUUGAUAAGGAUAUGGUUAUAAUAGAGAUGGAUAGGUUAGAGAUAUUUUUCAAUAAACCAAUAUACGCGGGAUUUGCCGUUUUAGAUAUAUCAAAAACGUUUCUCUAUGACUUUCAUUAUAACUACAUUCUCAAACAGUUUAAAGAUAAAACAAAACUUCUGUAUACAGAUACCGAUAGCCUAAUAUACUAUUUUACAGUUCCCAAUAUAUACGAGAAUAUAAAAGAUGAUAUACAUCGAUUUGAUACCUCAAAUUAUGAUAUCAAUAAUGAAUAUGGGAUUCCAUUAGUCAAUAAAAAAAUCCCCGGUCUAAUGAAAGAUGAAAAUCAUGGACACAUUAUGACCGAAUUCGUAGGACUUCGUGCUAAGAUGUACGCUUAUGAAGUAGAGGGAAAACUGACCAAAAAAUCUAAAGGCUCGACAUCGACUAGCAUCAGAGAAAUUACUCUAAAUGAUUACAAGAACGCUUUGUUUAACGUUCUAAUUAUAAAACGAAGUCAGCAUCUUAUUCGUUCAAAAAAACAUACAGUAUUUACGUUGAAGCAGGAGAAAGUAGUAUUGAGUCCUCACGAUGACAAACGUGUUAUCUGUGCUAAUAACAUUGAUACCCGUCCUUGGGGAUUCAAAUGUCAUUGA